AUGACGGCGACGACCGAGAUGGAAAAAUCAAAUCGAGAAACCGCCUCGCUGUUCUCCCGGGUGACGUUUACCUGGGUGAGACCGUUUCUGAAACGAGCGCACGAAAAAACAAGGUUGGAACACGAGGAUUUAGUGCCAUUGCCGGAAAACUUGUCGUGCGUGACAAACGCGGAACGGUUUGAGUUUGAGUUGAGAGAUUGUUUAGAGAAGGAGGAACGAGAGGAAGGAACAACAAGUAGUUUGGGAGCGACGAGAGGAGAGGAGGAGAAGGAAGAAGAAGGCGCCGGAAAAUCGAGAAAGAAGAAGAAGAAGAAGUUCUUACCAACCAUCACGAAACCGAUAUGGUCGUGCUUCGGGAACAUGAUUUUAACCGGCGCGAUGUUUAAACUCGCCAACGACGCGAUGCAGUUUUUACCGCCCGUCAUCUUGAGCGGCUAUUUGAAGUACGUGGCGGGAGGGGAGGAUAAUUUUUUACGACAAACGUUCACGACGGAACAGAUUGGCGACACGGAGUUGGGGAUUUUGUAUUGCGCGCUGAUGUUGUGCGUGCAAGUGGGGAGAACUUUGUGCGAACAGCAAUACUUUUAUCACAUGCAAGCGAGCGGGAUUGUGAUUAAAGGCGCGUUAGGGACGGCGGUGUAUAGAAAGACGAUUCGAUUGAACGCGAGUGGGAGGAGCGGAUCGACGACGGGGGAGGUUUUGAACCACAUGCAAUUAGAUGCGCAAAGAGUUGGGGAUUUGAUGUUGUUUAUUCACGUCGUUUGGAGCGGGUUGUUUCAAAUUAUCGGGUACAUCGCGUUAUUGUACAUGUACAUCGGAUGGUCCGUGUUUGGCGGGUUGUUUUUGUUAAUCGCGCUGAUACCAUUGCAAAAGUUUUUUUACACGUUAACGUAUAAGUUACGAAGCGUGCAGACAAAAUUCACGGAUAAGCGAGUGAAAUUAGAAAACGAAGGUUUGUCCGGAGUGAAAAUAUUAAAGUUGAACGCGUGGGAGGAUUCCUUGGAAGACGAAGUGAAAGCGUCGAGGAAAGAGGAGAUAAUUUACGCGACGAAAACCGCCAACGUGGCGGCGGCGAAUACGAGCAUCAUGAUGGCAGGUCCAGUCAUUGUGUCGGUGAUUGUGUUCAUGUUAUACUCUGGUGUGAUGAAAGGCGAGAUGCGUCCGGAUAUUAUAUUCCCGGCGUUGACGUUGUUCUCGCUCAUUCGGUUCCCGAUUUUGUUUUACCCGAGGUGUUUGGCGUUGUCCGCGGAUGCUAUUGUUAGUUUGGAUCGGUUACAGAAAUAUUUCUUACUUUCGGAAUCGAAACCGACGACGACGACAAUAAAGUUAGAGGAGUUAAACGAAGAGGAUAAUGGCGAAGAUGUGAAGACGAAAGAAAUGUACAAGAAGAAGGGCGACGUGGUUGCGAAAAUCAAGAAAGGCGCGUCGUUUCGAUGGAGCCGCAACAACAGCAACAAAGAUGCAGAAAAGAAAGAUGACGCGUCUCCUCAAGGCGUUGACGGCGUCACCGCCGGAGCCGGAUUUACGUUAAACAAAUGCGAUUUUGAAAUCAAACGAGGCGAGCUCGUGUGCGUUGUCGGCGCGGUUGGUUCGGGGAAGACCGCCAUCGUCUCGGCGCUUCUCGGCGAUAUGGUUCCCGAAAGUAGCGGCGAUGAAAAACAAGAUUCAGAUGAAGUCAUCUCCAUAGAUGGUACCGUCGCGUAUUGUUCUCAGUCCGCGUGGGUCCAAUCUGCUUCCGUGAAAGAGAAUAUCUUGUUCGGUAAACUGCACUCGGAGAGGAAAUACCACGACGCUUUAGACGCCGCGUGUAUGUUGACUGAUCUCAAACUCCUCCCAGAUGCCGAUCAAACGCAAAUCGGCGAAAAAGGUAUCACUUUGAGUGGCGGCCAAAAGCAAAGAUGCGCCAUCGCGCGCGCGGUGUAUGCCGAUGCCGAUUUCGUCAUUAUGGAUGACCCUCUUUCUGCCUUGGACGCGCACGUCGCCAAGGACGUGUUCAACAAAUGCGUAAGGGGCGUAUUUCGAGAAAAGGCGGUCUUACUCGUCACGCACCAGUUGCAUUUCGUCGAGCGCGCGGAUAAAAUCUUAGUCAUGAAGGACGGAGAAGUCGUCGAGCGUGGAAGUUAUAAGGAACUCAUCGAAAACGCAGAGUACUUCAGGCAAAUGAUGGAGUCUUAUCGCGGAACGCAAGAGAAAGAAACGGCAAAGGCGGAAGAACAAGACGCCUGGGCGUUUGCUUUGUCGGAAACGGACAGAAAUCAGAUGAAACGCGUAGUUUCGGAACAGAAACUCAGUACAAAAACAGCGCAAAAAGAAGAACACCGUGAACAAGGCGCGGUAAAGAAGAAUGUCUACGCGACGUACUUUCUGGCGUUGGGUGGCACACUACCAUGCAUGUUUCUCAUGUUCAUCACCAUCAUUGAACGGAUGAUUUCUGUGUUCACGCCAAUGUGGCUUGCAUUUUGGACCGAGUACAAGUACGGCUUGAACGAUGCGGAAUACAUGAGCACGUACGCAGCCAUUGGCGUUAUAUCUGCUUUACUUUCGUGGUGGCGCACGUUCGCGUGGUUAGUCGCGUCUUUGCGCGCGGCGACGACCUUGCACUUGAAACUAUUCCACUCGGUGUUGAAUACGCGACAAGCUUUUUUUGAUACGACUCCUCUCGGACGUAUCAUUCAGCGAUUCGCAAAAGACACGAACGUUUUAGAUAACCUUCUCGGACAAUCCGUCAGUUCAUUGACGUCUUUUGGUUUAUGGUUGUUGGGUACGAUGAUUGCGAUGGUUACGAUUAUCCCAAUUCUCGGCCCUUUUUUGGUUCCAGUCUUUGCGUGCUACUUUUACGUGCAGUACUUCUUCCGUCCCGGCUAUCGCGAAGCGAAACGGUUAGACGGCACGUCCGGGUCGCCAAUUUUCGAACACUUUGGUGAAACCAUUUCUGGCAUCUCCACCAUUCGCGCGUUUGGACACCAAGCGCGCUUCAUUCACGAAAAUGAGAAGCGCAUCGCGUAUAACCAGCGCGCGGAUUACACGCAAAAGUGCGCGUGCGAUCGAUGGCUACCAGUUCGUUUAGAAGUUAUCGGUAUUUCAAUUUCCAUCAUCGUCGCCGGUUUAGGCGUUUACCAACGCAAAACCACCAGCAGUGGCUUGAUUGGCGUGACGUUAUCGUACGCCAUCGACAUCACUGGCGUGUUGUCUUGGUUGAUUCGCUUAUUCUCUGAACUCGAAUCGCAAAUGGUUUCCGUCGAGCGCGUUGAGGAGUACGCGCAGUUGCCUUCCGAGGAAGACACGGCGAACGAUUCCAUGGACAGCGAGAACGACGGUAAGCAAAUAGUCGCCAUCGGCAAGGUUGAACCCGACCCGUCGUGGCCGCAAAGUGGUGGCAUCGUUUUUCAAGACGUCGAAAUGCGCUACCGUAAGGAACUCCCGUUGGUACUGAGCGGUGUUUCGUUCGAAAUCGAUGCUGGUUCGUCGGUUGGUAUUUGCGGACGUACCGGCAGCGGUAAGAGUUCCUUAAUCGUCGCCUUGUGGCGACUCGUGGAGCCUUCGCGAGGUAAAAUUCUCAUCGACGGCGUUGACAUUUCUUCAAUGCCGUUGAAAUCGUUACGAUCUAGAGUCACGUGCAUCCCGCAAGAUCCAAUCUUGUUUUCAGGAACGGUUCGCGAUAACCUCGACCCGUUUCUAACGCACAACGAUGAAGAUUUAUGGUUUGCGUUGGAACACGUUCAAUUGAAAAAGUUUGUCUCGACGCACGAAGACGGUUUAGGCUUGAUGACCCCGGUCAAGGAGUACGGCUCCAACUUUUCCGCCGGUCAACGUCAAAUGUUGUGCUUAGCCCGAGCGUUAUUGCGCGAAACCAAAAUCGUCUGCCUCGACGAAGCUACCGCCUCGGUCGAUAACGAAAGCGACUUGAUGAUGCAAAAAGUAAUCUCGCAAGAGUUCAAGGACAAAACAGUGAUGACCAUCGCGCACAGAAUCAACACCAUCAUCGAAUCGAACAGAGUGCUGUGCAUGGCCAGCGGGAAGGUUUUGUCCUACGAUACACCGUCCAAGUUAUUGGAAGAUUCGUCGAGCAUAUUUGCGCAGCUCGUGUUGGAAACCGGCGAGGCGUCGGCGAAGAAUUUGAAACAACGCGCCAACGAGUUGGAGAAACAACGACGAUAG